CCGCGCAGACUCAGAGGAGCAGCUCUCCAGCCCGGCAGGAAAGAUGGUGGCCUUCCAGAUGCAGUCGUGCUUGUUGUCAGUUCUACUUUUGAACGUUUACUACAGCUGCGUCUCCUCCCUGUACUUCCACAUCGGGGAGACGGAGAAGAAAUGUUUCAUAGAGGAAAUCCCGGACGAGACGAUGAUCAUCGGUAACUAUCGGACUCAGCUGUAUGACAAGCAGAAGGAGGAGUACCUGCCGGCCACUCAGGGCUUGGGCAUGUUUGUUGAAGUCAAAGAUCCUGAUGAGAAGGUGAUUCUUUCUCGGCAGUACGGCUCAGAGGGUCGCUUCACCUUCACCUCCCACACACCAGGAGAGCACCAGAUCUGCCUGCACUCCAACUCCUCCAAGUUCGCCCUGUUCGCAGGAGGCAUGCUGCGGGUUCACCUGGACAUCCAGGUGGGCGAACACACCAACAAUUACGCUGAGAUCGCUGCCAAGGACAAGCUGACGGAGCUGCAGCUCCGAGUGCGACAGCUGGUGGAGCAGGUCGACCAGAUCCAGAAGGAGCAGAACUACCAGCGGUACCGUGAGGAGCGUUUCCGGCAGACCAGCGAGAGCACCAACCAGCGAGUCCUGUGGUGGUCCAUCGUCCAGACCCUCAUCCUGGUGGCCAUCGGCUUCUGGCAGAUGAGGCACCUCAAGAGCUUCUUCGAGGCCAAGAAACUGGUGUAGCCGAGUUGGUGUGUGAGUGUGUGUGUGUGUGCGUGUGCUUGUGUGGGUGUGUGUCUGUUCUGUUGAUUGAUGCAGUACUGAGCAGCGGCGGCCGCCGUGGCUGCUGCGUGGCGGAGGAACCUGUUGACCUCUGAGGAGACGAGAUGCAGAGAAACCCACCUGGUUGAUUUGGCUUAAAAACAGCCUCGGUCUAGAUAAUGCUUUUAUUUUUAUUAUUAUUAUUAUUGUUAUUAUUACUGCCAUCACCCUUGUUUGUCACAGAUCCCUCAAAUUUGCAGCAGACUAUCAGAAAAAAGGCUACAUUAUAUUUAUUACACAGUGAUGUUUUAUUCAGACUGAAAUGAAAUGGUUUUAUCCCUGUAAUUUGGACUGGAGUGUGCAUGAAGAACUGGCUGCGUUCUCCUUAUUAAAACCACUUCCUUAUGUUUGACAUGUGCUUUUCCCUUUCCUGUCGACUCCCUAAAACAUAGUUCUGUAGCAACUGGGAAUCAAAAGCGAUGCGGUGAUUUUCUACCAGCUGUACCGGUGUGUUUGGCGUUGUGUUUUUGGAAUAGAUUCCCCCGUUUUCUUCCUUGCUGCUCAGCUGUGAUGAGUUCAUGACGUGUUACUGGCCUCUAGAGAUCAUCCAUGUUGUCCGGAGUUGUACAUAAAAUAAAAAAUGUAGGUUUACAAACAGUGUCAGUCGACAGUUUUCAGCAAAUGCAGUUUAUUCGCCUCUUGGUCGUUCAUUUUGGACUGAAAUGAUCCUGGUUAUUUGUUAGAAACCACAACCACGAUUAUUGGUCCUAAUGAUAUGAGGAACAUUUGGCAGUCCAAGUUCUUGCAACUGUUUUCAACACCCGUGGUCGUAUUAAAUGAAAUUAGGUGAAAUCUAAGGCUUCAGUGUUGCCAAAAGCUAGGAUUAUUACUAAGGAUUACUGCUAAAAUCUCAGUGUCCACACAGUUAGUUGUGUAGUUCUGCUGUUCAAUAUUUAAACAGAGCAGUCACUGUGUUGGGUGUUCAGCUCCGGGUGCUUCCUGACCAGUGUGGUCACAAUCCCACAAUUUCAACUUUGAUACCAAUACUGAGUUUAGAGAAUCCAGAAUCCACAGUCAGCGGCUUCCGAAGCAAAGUCCUGCUGUUUUCCCAUCGAGAGCUGGACCGAGACUCUGGGAAACUGAAAUCUAGGAGUGUUGAUCGUGGUGCGCUCGUGGAGAACGAUCCCCUCCACUUGUGUUGGAGUGAAGGAACGUUCCUGAGGAUGUUCCUCGUUCUGACCGGUCACGUCUCCAUCUGAGGCUCCGUCGGUUCAUGAUUAACCCGGGAUCUUAAUCUGUCCUCCGUCUUCACGUUGUCUCGACUUCAAAACGUUCUCGUUAGAUAUCGCAUCAGAUAGAGGACAUGAGCGCUCGACAAUGAAGACCUCAUGUCUUCUCCAGUCCCUCUUCUAGUGUGCUCGGCCGCGACGGAAAUGCCUAUGUGGAAUUUUGAAUUUUGAAAGUAUUGAACUAUUGGAACAUCAAACAUUGAAUUAAACAUUUCAGCCUUUUGCAACAACAGUACAGUAGUCUAAAGUUUGGGUAAUGGCAACAGCGCUGCUCUCGGCUCUCUGUUGGCCCCUUUCCUUUUUUUUUUUUUUUUUCCCUCCAUCCUUGUCAAUGACAAACUGGUGUUUCUUUGUAAAUCUGUGUGCGCAAACCUGUAUGUUUUUAUUGUGUUCAAACUGAAUGUAUGCUUCUGUCUCUGUCUGAAUCUCACUCGGUGUUGGUCUCGGGGUGGAGGGAGCGGCUGUAGUCUGUAAUACUCUGAAUGAAAACUAUUGAUCACCAGGCCCCUUUGGUUUCUGAAUGUGUGUUUGAUCGAGGAGUCUCCUGUCGAUCCCCGUCAGAGGAGACGUCCCGUUCUGUUGUUGUUGUGUUCCUAUGAGCUACUAUGCAUCGGUCUGCUGCAGCACUGCCAGAGACGCCGCUCGGGACCGGCCCAAGGAGUUACUUCACAUUUUGAAUUGAUCUGCACUGUAUGUUUUUUUUUUUUUGCUCUGAGUUAAAGGUGAACACAGGAAGGGCUUGUUCAGCAGCUUCAGCUGUCUGCCAAGAUUUUCCUGAGCGUACACGAUGUUACUCCGCAGCGCUCCGCCUCACAUUCAUGGGGUUUGAACACAGUUACUCCUCUGCCAGCGCCACUCUGGCUGCUUUCAGGAGGGGAGUGUCACUCCUCAUGUCCACGUUUUAACUCUCACAACGUGACCUGCUGACCCUGAGACAGUAUUCUUAUUUCCUGAUACGAUACUGUCACUGUGCUCGGGUGCCGAUUUUUGUGUUUCGAAUUCUCCUCUGGUUUGUGCAUGUAAAGUUUCAUGAGGCUGUGAUUAUCCCAGAAGUCACAAGGGGAGAGCCGCGGCUGCCAACGCAGCGUAUUUUCUUUCAGAUAUCUGGAGGUCACAGGUCAAAGGACCCGAUGAAAAUGGCCAGUUUUUCCCUCACCAAAAUAUAGCCGAACCAGAGCGAUAUGUUCUCGCCUGGAAAUCGAUUCAGUGAUGGGGGGAAAAAAUCAAUCAAAAUGUUGAAAUCGUGAUACUUGAGUGAAUCGAUAUAUUUUUUUCCCUUCUUACCUUAGUGUAAGCUUUACAGUGCUGCCACCUGCUGGUAGUGUUACCCAUUGACCUCAGGGUUUAUUACCACCAUCAGAUCUUGAUUUUUUUUUAAUUUUUUUUUUUUUUAAUUUCUUACAGUCAACCUCCCACAUUAAGAGAGGAUCCAGGAAGUGAAAAUACAAAUUUUCAAAAUGUGAAGUGAUUCCUUUCGGCCUGAGCUCGGCCUGGGAGGCACUAUGACUGUGUUUGGGGGACGGGGUGUUUUUAUUUGAAUGUCUCAGCACUGCAUCACCACACUGUCUCUGCUUUCCCCUCCCGGUCACACUGUGUUGUUCCCCCUCUUUUGGCUGAAGCUCAGGUAAAACUCUGACCCGGUCCUCCAUGUAACCAUAAAACUCUCUUACAAAGUGGGAUUGAUGUUCUUAGACACUUACGAAGCCGAACCCAAGGCUGUCCAGACCAGCGUCGCCUCCUCGGCCUGCAGAGGCGGAGACACGGCCCCUGUCCUCUGGCCGGCUCAUGUUACACGUUCACAAGUUUAUAUCAGAGGACAGAAACACCUGGAAAUAUUCAUCAGCCGCUCAUCAGUCAGAGUUAAACAGUGAUUUGACGAAGGCGACUGAAGCUAAUAAGUAAGUCGGUCUUUGCUGAUCUGUAAGGCCGUCCAAACUCAGCUGGUCUAUUGAUAAAUUGAAAGUUUUAUUUUUUUUUCUCCCAAUUUUAUUGAAAGUUUUGUUCCUUUUUUGUUGAUAGAAGAAACUUUUUGUGUUUUUUUUCUUGUCUAGAUUUCAGAGAUACUAAAACUUUGGUUGGAGUUUGAAUCAUGUGGUGAAGGUUUUGGCUGGCAGAGGGGCUUGAAUUCUUUUUUUUUUUUUUUUUUUUUAAGAGAUUCUGUACAUGAGAAGUCUGUCUAAAAUUGCACUCAAAAAUAAAGAUUUUGUCAUAUUUGGA